AUGGGGCGGUUGGCGGAUAUUUUGGUAGAAGAGGAGUUUGAUGUGACAGUCCUGCAACCAUCGCUGACCAUGGAUCUCGUCUCGAUUAAAGACGUCCAGAAGGCCAAACUCGUCACCGUGCCCCAGGCUCCCGGAGUAAACGAAGGAUGGGCCAAGACGUGGUCCCAAUUCAGGAAUCCUUGGGUCCAUGAGCCGCAGUUUGUUAAAUUGCUCGCCUCGGCCGGCCAUUUUGCUACCCAGUGCAACUAUACCAUCCAGCAAACCGACAUCAUCGAGCAGCUGAAAGCCGAAAAAUUCGAUGUUUGCUUGACCGAAAUGUUUGAUCACUGCGGAAUUGUUUUAAUGAACCUACUCGGCUGCAAAUCCAAAAUCAUAACUGCUUCUACCGUCUCUAUGGAGUCGAUCAAUCCACAUAUCGGGGUGCCAAAUAUCUACUCGUAUGUUCCAAUAUCCGUGGCCAAGGGAACCGACAAGAUGAAUCUGAAGACAAAAAUUGGCAGCAUUAUUACGAUGCUAGGACUCCGCUAUUACUACUAUCAAUUCCGCAAAGAAAUGGACAAAGUGAUUGGCUACAACUUUGGCGCCGAGCACCAAUUGACGGCUGAUCUGGUUGGGGAGAGUGAUCUCCUGUUCGCAAACUCGCAUCCGGCACUCGACUUCGCGAAGCCAUCCUUGGAGAAAAUUAUUGAUAUCGGAGGGAUAUCGUUACCAACGCCGAAACCUUUGGAUCAAGAAUGGAAAGACCUAGUGGCAAAACGGAAAAAGACGGUCUUCGUUUCUUUCGGAUCAGUUGCGAGAAGCAUUUGGAUGCCGGUGGAAUGGCGGGACUCAAUCCUGGACGCUAUGAAGCAAUUCCCCGACGUGACCUUCAUCUGGAAGUACGAGAAGCCGGAGGACAAUUUCACGGCAUCGGCGCCGAAUGUAAAACUGACCGCCUGGGGGCCGCAGUUGGAUUUGUUGGCGUCCGGCAAGAUCGAUCUCUUCGUGAGCCACGGCGGCCUUGGAUCGGUUUAUGAGACGUCACUUUCCGGAGUUCCCGCAAUUUUCGUGCCCCUCUUCGCCGACCAAUUCCGGAACGCCUACAUGUGCCAAGCCAAGGGAUUCGCCGAGGUGGCGACGAAGGAUCGGCUGAUUGAUACCAAAUUUUUGGUGGACAUGUUGGGCAAGAUGCUGAAUGAUGACAAGUACAAAACUAGCGCUAUGGAGACAGCAAGAAGAAUGAAGUCUCGGCCUUUCAGUUCCCGCGAAUUGUUUGUAAAAUGGACCAAAUUCGCAGCAUCUGAAGGCAGACUCGACUUCCUCGACCCGGCCGGCCGCAAAAUGGGCUUUUUCGAGUACUUCUCUCUGGAUGUGGUCGCCAUAUUCUUAUCCGCGAUUACGGUCGUGCUCCUGGUGGUCUACUUGAUUGCAAUCUCCCCACUCAAACUCAUCAAAACCCCAGUCAUCAUCGCCACCUGGGCAGCGUGCUGCGGCUAUUAUUUCGCCGUGGAAUUUGCCAUCGCUUUCUCCAUCGUUUACUAUGCUCAAGCCCUGCAUUACUCGAUCUCAACUGGCGGAAUUUUUGCUAUGAUUGCGCUUAUCUUACUGCUACUAAUCAAAAUCUUAACCGGCCAGCUCUCCGACAAGCUGCAUCAUAUCAGUGAGCUGACCCGGAUGCGGAUAUUCAAUUCUGUGGCGCUGUUUGGGUCGUCUGUUUUCUUUAUAAUCGCUUCUUUCUGGGAGCCGAAUGGGAGUUGGAUGGAUAUUGCUGUUAUAGUACUCCCCGUCUGUAUCCUCGGUGUCCACAGUGGUGGCUACCCAAAAUGUGUGGUCAUCGUCGCCAAGCAGCACUCGCCGACCGUUUUCGCUUACAUGCAGCUACUGGGAUGUGCAAUUCUCGUCGCCGGAUCUUUCGUAGUCCCGGCCAUGACUCCAACCGGGUCCCACCAGGAAUGGGCUCAAGUUUUUCGCAUUUACGCUGCGGUCUUGGUCGUUUCUAACAUGAUAUUUUGCUAUUGGGCUUCUGCUGAACCCUGUGAAUGGACCAAGGCCAAGCCGGAGCAGGCUGAUGUUGAAGCCCCACCACCAAGUCAACAAUCAAGAAGGCCUUCAGAAACUGGGUCUACUAAA